AUGAAUCACAGUCGGUCACAAGAAGCUCUGAAGACAGAUCAUAGUUAUGCAAAUUCGGCAAAUAAUGUUUCAGAAAGUCACAUAGAACAGGUUACUCAAAAUGUUGCAAAGAUGACAACUAAACCAGCAUCAAAACCUCAGAAAUUAGAACCACCAAUGAGGAACAUUUCUGAUUUUUCAACUACUCAACGCCCAAGUCCAGGUGCAAGAAUGCCUUCAAAUUCUGAUUCUUCAACUACUCAACGUCCAAGUCCAGGUGCAAGAAUGCCUUCAAAUUCUGAUCCUUCAACUACCUCAACAUCAGGAACUGCUUCAAGGGGAUUUCCUAUACCUACUACAAAGAGCACCAAUCAAGGACAAGGGAGUGGCACAAGUUCCCGCAGUGACAGUUUAGAGAGUACUAGUGCACCCAUUAAGCCACAUACUGGAGGUCAUUCAAGGUGGGAUGCAAUUAACAUGGUUUCAAAGGGUACUAGUCUUAAUCUUAGUCAUUUCAGGCUUCUGAAGCGUGUUGGUUAUGGAGAUAUUGGAAGUGUGUAUCUUGUGGAACUUAAAGGGACUAAGGCCUUCUUUGCAAUGAAAGUAAUGGAUAAGGCAUCCCUUGCAAGUAGAAACAAGCUUCUCAGAGCACAAACAGAAAGGGAGAUUCUUGGACUUCUUGACCACCCUUUUUUGCCAACUUUAUACUCUUACUUUGAAACUGAUAAGUAUUACUGUUUGGUCAUGGAGUUCUGUAGUAGUGGUAGUCUGCAUUCCCUCCGGUUGAAGCAACCUAACAAGCAUUUCACUGAAGAAGCUGCAAGGUUUUAUUGUGCAGAGAUUUUGUUAGCUCUUGAGUAUCUCCACAUGCUAGGCAUAGUGUACAGAGACUUAAAGCCAGAGAAUGUUUUAGUCAGAGAUGAAGGCCACAUCAUGCUAUCAGAUUUUGAUUUAUCGCUUCGCUGUUCUGUGAGUCCAACACUUGUGAAAUCUUCAUCAGCACAUGUAAGUAGCAAUGGUUCUGUGGGAAUAUUGGAUGAUGAACAUGCAGUCCCUGGUUGCAUGCAGCCAUCAAGUUUCUUCCCUCGCAUUUUGCCUUCAAAAAAGAACCGAAAAUCAAAAUCAGAUUUUGGCCUUAUGGUUGGAGGUCGUCUACCUGAACUAAUGGCAGAGCCUACAAAUGUGCGUUCAAUGUCAUUUGUAGGGACACAUGAAUAUCUUGCACCAGAGAUUAUACGUGGUGAGGGACAUGGUAGUGCAGUGGAUUGGUGGACAUUUGGAAUAUUCUUAUAUGAGCUUUUGCAUGGGACAACACCCUUUAAGGGUGCAGGAAAUCGUGCUACAUUGUUUAAUGUCGUAGGACAACCAUUAAGGUUCCCUGAAACUCCACAUGUUAGUCCUGUGGCUAGAGAUCUUAUUAAAGGGUUGUUGGUGAAAGAACCUCAUAAAAGAUUUGCUCAUAGGAGAGGUGCUACUGAAAUAAAACAACACCCCUUUUUUGAAGGAGUGAAUUGGGCUCUAAUUAGAAGUUCUACACCUCCUAUUAUACCUGAACCUCUGGAUUUUUCCCAGUAUGCUAGCAGAGAAACUGAGGCACCAGCAGAUAAGAAGAUGCCAGAGAUUGCAAGUGAUAAAAACAACAAUGCACAACCUGAUUCUUCUUAUGAAGAUUUUGAGUAUUUUUAG